UCCAUCUCACCAAGCCAGAGCAUGUAUGCAUCAAGCCGGUUGUUGAGAACAAUAUAAACAUUUUUACAGCGAACCCAAAAUACAACACCAUGGAGGCAGUCAAAGCAUUCAACGACGAGCUCUACUCUCUGAAUGAGUACAAGCCUCCGAUCUCCAAGGCCAAGAUGACCAAUAUUACCAAGUCUGCAAUAAAAGCUAUAAAAUACUACAAACAUGUUGUCCAGAGCGUGGAGAAGUUCGUUCAGAAAUGCAAGCCAGAGUACAAGGUCCCAGGCCUGUACGUCAUGGACUCCAUCGUGCGGCAGUCACGACACCAGUUUGGCCAGGACAAGGAUGUGUUCGCCCCGCGCUUCAGCAAAAACAUAAUCGGAACCUUCCAGCACCUCUACCGCUGCCCCUCAGAUGACAAGAGUAAGAUUGUCAGAGUCCUCAACCUGUGGCAGAAGAACGCUGUCUUCAAGAGUGACAUCAUCCAGCCGCUGCUGGACAUGGCUGCAGGACUACCCCCUCCCAGUGUCACCCCUGUCAUGACCAGCAGGGAUGCUCCGGUCAACAACGCUACGCCUGGUACCCCAGCGACCCCGGCCACUCCAGCCAACAUCGUGUCCAGUCUGCCUGACUGGGCGUCUCAGUUUUCCAACACAGACACUGUAGCUGCUGUAGCCCAGAUCCUGCAGAGUCCACAGGGACAACAGCUCCAGCAGCUGGUGCAGAGUCUGCAGAUGCAGCAGCAGAAGCCCCAGCCGUCUCUGCUGCAGGCGCUGGAUGCAGGCCUGGUGGUCCAGCUGCAGGCCCUGACGGCCCAGCUCACUGCUGCCGCCUCAGCCAACCCCAUGCACCUCAACCCCCUGGACCAGAGGGUUUCCUCCUUCAACAAGGUGAGGAAUCAAGGACACAGACACAGAAAUGGAGUGGAAAAAAUGUUGGGUCAUUUUGACUUUGGGAAUGAUUCAGAACGCUCUGAAGAAUCCAAAAAGGACUCGCAAUCAUCCCAGAUGCCCAUGGUGUCUGACUCCAUCUUCCACCAGCUGGCAGAGCAGCUGCAGCAGCAGAACCUAGAGCAGUUACAGAAGCAGCUCAUGGAGCACCAGCAGCACCAGCAGAAGGAUGGAAUCUUUGGGUCUGAGAACACAUCCCAGCAGAGCAGCAGCCAAUCGCAUCACCCGGAGCCAGACAACAAGAUUGAUGACUCCAUUGAAAACCAGCAGCAGGACAUGGACAUGGACCUGGAUGACGGGCCAGAGAUGGACGAAGAGAUCUUCGAGCCAGAGGACAAGAAGUCCAAGACGAUUGACAUACAGUCAAGAACACGGUCCAGGUCACGAUCGAGAUCUCCCAGGAAGAGACGGUCCAGAUCACGGUCAGGCUCUCGGAAACGGAAACAUCGCAAGCGAUCGCGGUCACGCUCCAGAGAACGGAAGAGGAAGUUGUCGCGGUCCUACUCCAGCGAGAGACACGCCCGCGAGCUAGAGAAAGAGCGUCAGAAAAAAGGACUGCCUCCAAUCCGAUCCAAGUUUCUCAGUGUGUGCAGCACCACUCUGUGGGUGGGACAGGUAGACAAGAAGGCCACUCCGCAGGACCUCACCAAUCUGUUUGAAGAGUUUGGUCAGAUUGAGUCUAUCAAUAUGAUCCCUCCACGUGGCUGUGCCUACAUCUGUAUGGUCCACAGACAGGAUGCCUACCAAGCCAGACAGAAACUCAGCACUGGUUCACACAAGAUCGUCUCCAAGGUCAUUAAGAUCGCUUGGGCGCUGAAUAAGGGAGUGAAGCAGGAGUAUAAGCAGUUGUGGGACAUGGACCUGGGGGUCACCUACAUCCCCUGGGAGAAGGUCAAGCUGGACGACCUGGAUGGCUUCGCUGAGGGAGGCAUGAUCGACCAGGAGACUGUCAACGCCGAGUGGGAAGCAGCCAAAAAUGCACCAGAGCCAGUGAAGGAAGUGGUGAGCCAGGCUGUUAGCGCUGAACCCAUGGCAGCCACUAAUUCCCAACAGACCCAACAAAAGGCCUUCAUCCAACAAGUCUCCAUGAUGCCUGUGCAGCUCCCUGUGGCCCAGGCUGUCCCUACUGGGGGUCUUGUGCCUCCAUCCUUCCCUGUUCCCAUGACAAUGCCCCCACCAGGCUAUGGCCCCCCGCCCACCUUCCUCAGAGCAGGGUUCAACGCCUCCCAGCCUCCUCCAGGUUUCAUGCAGGCAGCAGGUGUUCCUCAGCAAGCAGGCAUGGGCUCAGCUCCUAUAUCUCUGGUGCAGCCCUCCAUGUCGCAGGCUCAGGACAGCAUGAAGGACUCCCCGUACGGAGCCACUGUCCCAGGAAGCUACAUGCCCUCUGCCAUCCCUGGACAAGGGGUCUUCAACCCGCUUCAACCUGGAGUCCAGACGCAGCAAGGAGCCAAUGACAAGACGGGCCAAUCUGCUGAUGGCAUGGACGCUGCUGCAGAGUUAGUACUGCAAGGUAUGCAAAAUGCAAUGAGUCGUCGUAUGGGUCUUCUCGGGAUGCACCCCUCAGCCUCCCUCACCCACCCCCUACAACAGCAGGGCCUGCCUGGCCAGAGGAUGCCUGGGCUAAUGCCGCUGGACCUCCGGCCUAGUAUGCUCCAGGGAGCCGGGGCCCGCUUCCCCCUCCUGAUGCAGCAGGGCCUGUCCCAACAGAGUAUCCUGGAUGCCUCCCUCCAUGCACAGGCCCGCGCCAGAGCGGCCUCCCAGAUGGACCACUUCAACAGGGCCGAAGGGGCCUUCAACCGGGGUCCCAACCCCCCAAAUGAAAACAUGUCUAAGGCUGAAGACCAGCCUUCCUCUCGGGCAGACGAGAGCCAGCAGGGGAGGGACCAAGACUACCGCUUCCCCCCGCCCCAGGAGAAGCAGAGCACAGGCCUGCUGAGGACACCUCCCCCGGAUCACAGGGAGUCCAUGGGUGGAGGUGGACGUGGUGGGGGAGCUGGUGGUGGGGGUAUGGGCGGAGGAGGAGGCAGACCUGCCCUGCUGCAGACCCCAGUGAGGGAGCCAGCUAGAGACAGCGUGGUAGGGCGGCUUCAGGCCCUCGCCGGCUUCACCCCCCAGACCCAGAGUCGCUGGGGGCCACCUAGAGGGGACUUUGAUGAGCGUGACAUGCGGGGCUCACCAGCCGGGGUCUCCAAGGGCUUCCAGGAGGAGCGCCCUGGCUCCAACCAGGGGCAGAACUUUCCCAACCGCUUUGAGAACCAGAACCGCGCUGGGGCAGGAGGAGUAGGUGCUGGUGGUCCUGGUGGCGGGGUUGUUGGAGGGGGCCCGGCGUGGAGUCGUGGUGGAGCUGCAGCACCGUUCGCUGAUGCUGACAUGCCACAGGACUUGGAUGAGCGCCGGCGCGCUUGGGACAGGCAGCAACGGGAGAGGGACGACAGGGAAUUUGACUUAAGGAAGGAGAUGAACGGCAACCGCCGUGAGAGAGAUAGCCGCGAGAAAGACCGGGAGAGGGAGAGAGAGAGGGAACGAGAGAGAGAAAGGGACCAUGGCCGUGAGCGUGGCAACCGUGAACGAGAGCAGGAGUGCGACCGGGAGAGAGAGCGUGAAAAGGAGAGGGAGAAGGAUCGGGAGAGAGAACGUGAGCGGGACCGUAACAAGCGUGGAGCCUGGACACCUCUUCUCCCUCUACCACAACCCCUACUUCCUACUCCUGCCCUGACCCCAACCCUCUCCCUGACCCAAGGCAAAUCACAGGCCCUGCUGCAACUACAGUCCAGGCUUCAACCUAAACCUGGAUUCCUAACUAAACCGGGUCUGCUUCAAACUCCAAUCCUCCUAACUCGGUCAACAUCUCAAGCCCCAACCAAGUUCCUUCAAGCCCCAUCCCAGUCUCCAACUCAAGCCAAGAAUGAAGCCCUCCCCGGGCCUAAGCCCCAGACAGAGUCCCAGUCCUCUACCCAGACCCAUGCUUCCCCUAAGUCUGAGUCCUCACCCCAGACCAAAUCCUCUCCUCAGAACCAGUCAUCACCCCAAAACCUGGUUUCCCCUCAGGCCCAAUUGCCGUCCCCUCCCCAGGCCCAGUCCCCGCCAUGGGCACAGCUCCCAUCACAGGCCCUGUCCCCACCACAGGCUCUAACGCCACCACAGGCCCUGUCCCCACCACCGGCACAGUCGCCUCCCCAGGCCUUGUCCCCACCACCGGCACAGUCGCCUCCCCAGGCCCUGUCCCCACCACCGGCACAGUCGCCUCCCCAGGCCUUGUCCCCACCACCGGCACAGUCGCCUCCCCAGGCCUUGUCCCCACCACCGGCACAGUCGCCUCCCCAGGCCCUGUCCCCACCACCUGCACAGUCGCCUCCCCAGGCCCUGUCCCCACCACCUGCACAGUCGCCCCCCCAGGCCCUGUCCCCAACAUCGGCACAGUUGCCACCCCAGGCCCCGUCGCCACACCAGGAGAUCACUGACACCCAGGAAGAGCCAGAGAAACUCCAGGAAGAACCCAUGGAAGAGCCUGAACCCAUAGAGGAACCUCCAUCUCAGUUGGUCUAUGGGACGGGGUUGAGGAUGGACACUGACGUAGUGGCUGAGCCCACACCUGAACGGGCUCCCACCCCUACCCUCUCCCUCACUCCAGCCCCACUCUCAAUGUCACCUGUCCUCACACACCGCUCUGAGGAACCCCAAUGCCUGCCGGAACCCCUGGACAUGCAGCAACCACCACAGCAUGCCUCCUCCUCCCCUAAGGACAAUGGACUGAGUGAGCCGAUGGAGGAAGCUGAGAAACAGCCAGUGGUAGAGCAAACUGACACUGAGGGGACAUAAUCAUCACUCAGUAGGUAAAGAUCAUUUUGUAAAGUUGUCUCUUCUCUGUACUCAUGUCAGCCACCCACAGGACCCUGGGUAGUUAUUUGCAUAAUAUUGUCUGAUGACCUAACAACUGAUUUUAUUUCUCACAUAACGGUGUACUUCAAUAGAUGGCUCGCUAGCUGAUUAAAUGGUAGGUGAUUAUGUUUUUCAAUAUUUUCUUUCUUUCUUUUUUUUUUAAGUUGUAAUGCCACCCCACGAUUUAAAGCUUGGUGAAUUUUAAUGAAAAUUGCUUGCCAAAAUGUUUGAAUUGUAAAUGAGAAAAAGAGCUUUGACCUUCCUAUGGAAGAGUGUACGGAUCCUGGCUGUUUCCACUGAAUUGAAUCCAGAUGAGGGAAUACUUGAAAACUGCAGUCACUGGCCUGUUUUUUUCUCUUCUUUUAAAAUAUGCUGCAGCAAAGUUUUAAAUGAAUGCCUUUGUGGUGUCCUAUAUAUAUGCUUCUGGUCUAUAAGCAGAAUAUAGCCUACAUACAGUAAGAACCGUACAGUUGCUUCUAAAAAGGAACAUACUAAAAGAUUAAAAACAUGACCUGUGUUAUCCCCAAAAGAAAUGUCUGUGAUUUGUUCAUCAUAAUGCAGUGAUUCAAAGGACAAAGUAAGCCAGAGAGAAAAAAAAAUAUAUAUAUAUUUUUUUUUUAAAGGAUGGUGGAUGUUGGGUGCAUUCUGUUUUAGUUUGAAAUAAACAUGCUUUGUUUGUUAACAAAUGCUUUAGGACUGUAUUUUCUGACCCAGGACCAGUGGAAUAAUGUUUUACACAUAGACUAUAAUCUUUUUGCGGUGGUGUCACAUACAAACAGCUGUGUCACUACAGUAGUUAGACCAUUGACUUGAUGUUGUCCUCCCCCAUUAAGUCAGGCAGGAUGUUAAAGUGCCUGUACUUUGACAUCAAUCUAUUCUAUCUAAACCGCUCUUAAAUUUGUUGUUUGCGACCAUGGGAUUAAUUUGUUAUGUUAGCUUCUGCGCACUCUGUACUUCCCUAUACUUCUGUUUUGUGGGUGACUUUGGGAUCGGACUGUGCCUUCUUGAUUUGAUUAUUGUUCAGCAUAAUGUCACCAAAUACACCACACUAUGCUCAAUGUGCUGCUUUGGUUUCCCUGAGGCUGUACAACCCCUCAGAGAGACAGCAGUCUGUCCAGCAAGCUGACAACACAGACAAUUAUCUCCUUUGUCUGUGUGAUCAUAGCUGAGCAGCCUAUACACCAUUUAGCCUAUGUAUACGGGGAAUCAACCAGUCUGUUUACUCCAUCGUUGUGUGCAUGCUGGUCUGUAGCCAUUUAUUCUCCUUUGUCUUGUUCACUUCAUACUUCUUCAGUGCAUUUCUGUUGAGACACUACUACCAGGACAGGUUCAAUAGUCUGAAGUUCUCUCAGAGAAGCAAAUGUCAUAAGAGUUGUGAAGUUGAAUAAAGUUGAAGGUAAAUCAGCA